UGGCACUUUGGCACUUUGGACGCUCUGAGCUGCACCACAGGCAUGGAGUACAGGGGCGCUCACCAAGCCUUUCGCAGGCGCUGGAAGAAGACAGACAAUGAUCUCUGCCGACACAGCAUGUCCUUUGUCCUCCACAACACUCUCAGGCAUGAUUUUUUUGCCAGCUACCUGUAUCUACUGGAACAGAUUCCCCUGGUCAAACUUUUCGCUGUGACCUGUGAGUACAUUGAUGGAGAGAAGCAGUUCUAUGCCCGCGCCCAAGAUUUCUACAAAGAUGUCCCACCAUCAGUGGAGGGGAUGAUGGGAGACUUCGUAGAACUAUCUGAAGUUGACCUUGAAGGCUCCAGGCAGUUCCUGAAAAAGUUUGUUGGGGGCCCAGGAAAGGCUGGCACGAAGUGUGCCCUGGACUGCGGCUGUGGGAUCGGAAGGGUCAGCAAGAACGUCCUCUUGCCCGUUUUUGAGACAAUGGAAAUGGCCGACAUGAUGGAGGAAUUCCUGCUCCAUGCCCACGAGUGUUACCUGGGAGACGAUGCUGACCGCAUUGAGACCUACUACUGCUACAGCCUGCAGGAGCUCACGCCCCCACUGAAGAAGUAUGACGUCAUCUGGAUGCAAUGGGUCGCUUGUCACCUGACUGACAGGGACCUGAUGGAGUUUCUGAUCAAGUGCAAAGCCAGCCUGAAACCCAACGGAGUCAUCAUCAUCAAAGACAACAUGGCCAGGCAGGGCUGUAAGCUGGACCCCAUCGACAGCAGUGUCAUGAGACACUUGGACAUCAUGCAAAGCAUUAUUGUCAAAGCUGGCCUGAACAUCAUAGGACUCGAGAAGCAAGAGGGCUUCCCAGAACAGAUGGUGCCUAUCUGGAUGGUUGCUAUACAGUAAGCUCUGCGGCACACCUUUCUGCAGAAUGACCAACGUGUAAACACGGCUUUUCAUGAAAAAAGCUGAUGCAUUCAUUUUGUUUGGUUAAACACACGCACUGGAAACACCUCAUUGCAUGGGCUACUACACCCAAUUACUGACCUUAUUUUGUGUGACAGCAACUAAAAUGUAUAAAAAUGUGCAUACCACAAUACAGUAACGCUUGUAAAAUGCAAUAAUGGUUUGUAAAAUGCGGUUGAAAACACAAAUACUAUUUAAUCAUAUUCUUUUGUCUCAACCAUUCCCAUAAAUCAGACCGCAACCAUUCCCUUAAUCCACAGCCAUUGUUUAGCAUGAGAUAAAUUAACCAAGCUCACUUUCAAUGUGUUGAAAAUGAAAAAAAAAUCUCUACACACUGGAGCUUCUACACAGCACACAUUCUAUUUGUACGCUGCUGCACAUUUCCAAAAUGAACUAAAAUCCUCAUGUACAUGACAAAUGCCAAAUUAUCACAGACCUCUGAAUUAUGUCGAAACGUUCAUCUCAGUGUCAACGGUACCAUAAUUGAUGGAACAUAGAUCAGCAUUGUGUUUACAGUGUGUUUUGUGUGAAGUCAUCCGAAUGUUUGCUCCAAACAUAGCUGCAGCACAUGCAAUCCUGUACCUCAUUUCAGUCAGACCAGCUCACACAUAUGCCACAUACAAAGCAUGUGAAUGGACGCACAACUUAACCAGAUAAACUUAACCAGCACAGGAGUGAGCCGGUCUCCCAAAAUCUCCAUGAGAGUGAGGCAAUC